GUCCUCACCCUAAAAGGAAGUGAGUGACGCUGCAGGAACAGAAGCGAGUGCUUAUUUGCAAAAAUGAAUGAAGUCCUUUUGUUGUGCUCCACCUGCAGAAAAGGCGGCACUUCUGGUGGAAAAUAAGUCGUCCGUUUUUUUUGUAGCAGUGGUAAUCAUCCUAGGUUAGUCCCUUCAAACACAGUAGUAGUAGUCAUAUGCUGGUGUAAUAGAAAGAAGAAAGUAUUUGUUUUUCAUCUUCAUUGAUGUUGUUUAAGUGGGUCUCUUGUAAACCCUCGUGGUCGUGAGGUGUAUUUAACAACAUGAUCAUCCUAGCAGGUGAUGUCGGCGGGACGAAUACGCGGCUGCAGCUGACGGAACACAAUCCUCAUGCAGCCGACCUUUUCGGAACAAGUACGCUACUGUUUACAGAUUUUGAUGACAGCUUUAUAUUUCUGUCCAAAUCUACUAUAAGUUUCUUGAGUAUAAUCAACAUAACUAUACCUUCGUUGUUCAUAUACAACAGAAGACGUUCACGGCCAACAUGUGGAUGACACUCCGAGAAGUAUGCAGGCGUCCGACUGCGGAAGCGCAUCGAGUUCUAUAUAUAGAUCAAAUUAUAAUUAAGGCUCAACUUUCAAUGGUCAUUGGGGUUGGUCACUGAGAUCGAAGAGGCGACCCCUUGAGAGAACAGGGGAAAACGAAGGGAAAGGGGAGAGCUUUGAAAGGGGUCCCUUUCGUUCAGAGUCAGUGACCCUUGAAUGCUGAGCUUUAAUAUAAGAACACCGUGAAAGUCCUGCAUACUCAACGAUAUAAAGCCGCUGACUAUAACGGUCUGGAAGAAAUCAUCGACCUCUUCUUGCAGGAGUCAGGGUUGGAUAAGAAGAAACAUUAUGGCCGCUGAGAGCGUAAAAGUGGAUCAGUGCACAUUAGAAAUUUCACAAAUAGAGUAGAACCUAGUUAGGUCGGCUCCACCACAAAAUAGAGUAGAACUACCUAUUCUCUUUUCCAUCUUCCUCUGGUCUUUCUUUUUUCUACUUAGGUCAGUCUACUCCACCACACACACAAUAUUAAAGUACUUAGAACAACACAAAGUAGCUGAAAGUAGAACUCAAUCUACUCCACCACAAAGUAGCUGAAAGUAGAACUCAAUCUACUCCACCACAAGGUAGCUGAAAGUAGAACAACAAAAGCUUGCGCUUCACUUUCACAUCAUCAGCCUCUUCUUCUAACAAGGCAAAAUCGAAGCCUGUUGUAUAGCUGUAGCAGGGCCUGUGGUUGCGGGAGAGGUGGAGUUUACAAAUUUGCCAUGGGGGAUACACGAGAGAGACCUCGCAAGAGGUCUGGGGCUAGAUGUAUCCCGAGUCAAGCUCAUAAACGACUUCGUGGCGAAUGGAUAUUAUGUUGUUGCGGUUUUUUUGUCCUCUUGGUUCAAUUAAUUAUAGACCUUGUUUGUUGAGCAAGUUGUUUUUAAAGUGUCGUGACUAAAAAUAGGUGGCCGUGGUUUACGAAGCAGGAUGAAAACAACAUUACCACAUCGUAUUGUGAUUCGUCGUACUCGAGCCUGUUUCGUCCCGGACGGCACGGCUUGGCCGUAGAGCCGCGGAACUUUAACCUUGAACCUGACAUAUUUCUUUAACCUUGAACCUUACAUAUUCCUUUAACCUUGAACCUUGAGCCUUUCAUCUUCCCGGAAUCGAGACCCUCGAAAUCAAGAUCGACAAGACUAGCAGCUCGCCACCUACCUUGGAAAGAGUCUUGCAACAGCAUCCGGAUGUUCUGUGCCUACAGUUAAGGCUCACCUUUCAAUGGUCACCAUUUAGAUUGGAGUCACUGAGAUCGAAGAGGCGACCCCUUGCUUCUGGAGAGAACCAACAGGGGAAAUUAUAAACGAAGGGAAGAAAGGGGAGAGCUUUGAAGGGCGUCUCUUGCGUUCAGAGUCAGUGGCCACUGAGUGCUGAGCUUUAACACAGGAACCUUUGGAGACGAUCUCGGACGAGGAACGGAUGUCGACACCAAUAGCGACAAUAGGAGCAGGGACCGGGUUGGGAUAUGGUAUGGUUCGAGUGUUGAAAGUCAAAAUAACUAAAGGCUCAAUAUCAAUCUUCAUUUAUUUUGUUCGCUUAGCUCAUCAUCUUUUACUGUUUCAUCUUGCUCCAGCAGCACUAGUACACAUCAGCUCGUCCUCGCUUUCAAACUCUAACGGUCGCAUCGUCACCCGCUGUCCCCUCACCGGACACACGACGUCUGUCUUCCCCUCUGAGGGUGGGCACAUGGACUUUGCCCCAGUAGACGAUGAGCAGCUAGGUUUGUUUCAUCAUUUGCGAAGGAAACUGCAUCGUUAUGGACGAGUAUGAGGGAGAAGUACGAGUAUGAGUAUGCAAAUCUUCGAGUAUCACGAUGUAGUUGAGAUCUUCUUCACCCGUGAAAAUUGAGUGUGGAAGCAGUAACCCAAGCGCUUUGUUGGCUGUUUGUAACUGCUGGAUAAAACACAGAGGCCCGCAGGGAGAUCAGCGAUACAACAGCAGAGCUUUAUAAAAAGUGAACGAGUCAUCUCGGUUCCAACAUAUGUCUAAAUAACAAUAAUAAUAAUCUUCUAGAAGUAUCACGAUGUAGUUGAGAUCAUCUCUAAUGGUCCGUCUCAGCCGAACGCAUUUGUUGCGGACCAGGGAUCGUCAACAUUUAUAGCUACUGCAAAGAAAAUCCUUUGUACAACUCACCUGAGAACCCGCAACUCCGAAGAGAGCUUUGUAGAGUUCGGGAGGUGGAUAAGCCUGCAUUGAUCUUCAAAUACGUCCAGGAAAAAGAUCCUAUGUGCCUAAGGACGAUGGAUAUUUUUAUCAAGGUACUUAAGUACUUCGAUUUUGAAUGUCUCUCGGCGAGUACUUGUACUAGUUUGUACGUAGUGAGUUUGUUGUAGAAGUUUUGCUUUAUAUAUAAUUUUGCUUCCUAGUUAGGUCGUGUGCUCCACCGAUUUUAUAUAUAAUUUUGCCGCUUUCACUCUACUUCAACGACUACAAUCACAUCUGAGUAUGUGUAGUCUCUCAUCUUCAAGAACUACUUCAUCUAGUACUAGUUGUACCCACCCUGCAACCACUCAACACGACAAGAACAGGUCUACGGAGCUCUAGCCGGCAACUGGGCACUCGGCGUAUUGCCUAAGCAGGGUCUUUUCAUCCUUGGAGGGAUCGGUCCCCGCAUCGCCAAGGAGAUGAGUGACGGACGAUUUAUCGACAAGUUCAGAGAUAAUUAUGGCAGAAGAUAAUGAUAGAACUAGAAGAAGAUGGCAGAUAGUGAUAGAACUAGAAAAAUCUAUAUGGUAUAUGCAAAAGCAGGGACCUCCAGGGCAGUUGGACGACCGACGGCGCCUGGAAUAAACGGAUCCUAUACUAGAUGGCCAAUUUUUUGCUAGUCCUGUUAUAUAUACCUCUUCCUUUUUUCUAUCUUUCCUAGGUAGGUUGGCUCCACCACAAGUAUGUUAUGGUAUAUGCGUUGAAGAACAAGAAGUCGUUGUUUUGUAGUUUGCCUCACUGCAGCUUCAUGACGAGAGCCUUCUGAUUGAAUGGUUCUGGUAUUUUUGGUAUAGCCUGAGUUUGAUCCUAAGGGAAAACAAGAAGAGAACCCUUAGGAUCAAACUCAGGUUACCAAAUACCAGAACCAUACACAAUGACGAGAAGAACCCCUCUAACCGGAAGGCCGUAUGUCUGGCCUCGUCCGAAACAUCCCGGUCUACUUAGUCCUGAACGGCGAUGUGGGCCUCCAGGGUGCUGCGGUCUAUGCGUCGAGAUUAGUUCCGCAUCCUCCAGAACCAACCGCGGCCGCGCCAGCAGAACGGUCACCUGGUGCCGCUUCGCGGACUCCUGGGACCAAGAGCCGGCGGCUCUACGAGUCCCACAAGUCCCACUUGGACAGUCAUGAGCAUGACGGCACCGCAGCCUCUAUCGAACAUAGUACUCUUAAUAAGGGAUCAUGCAGCGGAGAUGUUGUUGAGGGAUGAUGGAUUUAAUCGUUCUUUUUGUACUAUCAUCUUGAGACAGACUUCGACGUUAUUUUUUCUGCAUUUGUGAUAUAUUUGUUUAUAGAAAGUAGUGCUUCAUCCUUGUGCCUAUCGACCUACGAGACAAGUUGACAAGCAUACAACAAGUAGAUGAACGCUCGCCUCGAGAGGUGAUGCCUCCCAACGCGUCUGAGGCCUAUCGAGGGUCGAGAUCGAGGCUGCCACUGUGGUAUCGCGAAUCGGACGACAAAUCCACCACCAGGCUUUCUUCAAUCAACUGAAGAAAGCAUCAUCUUCCACCUUGAAUUUUCCUGUUUCGCUUUUUUUUGUUUGUGAUUUCUUCAACGUACUAGGUCAUACUAGCAUUUAGUUUGGGUUCCGAACGUGAUACACGACAUGUUUGGAACAAGAACAACAUUUUUUUUUAUUGUCUCGCUUACCUUCAGCAGAUCGAAAGAUAAUACCUGUGUCUGUCGUGGAAGUUGUAUCAAAAUUUGGUUGACGUGAACCGGAUGACCAUUUUGCUUCUCUGCAUGCUUUAGUCGAGGCUAGUGAAUAUCUUGC